AUGAGGCAGUUCCUCUCUCCAGCCACCCUUCUCCUGGUGGUUCUUCUCUUCCCAGGAUUGUCCAGGGUCACGAAUGCUAACCAGCAGGACACCGAAGGUCCCAGGGGACCAGAGGAAGGCCCCCCGGGACGUGGCACCGAAGGGUCUCACCCGUCACGCCACCAAGUAGAACGCCACCUCUUACCUCGCACGCCCCCCUUCCCGGACGUUGAACCAGAUUUCAAAGUUGUCAACUGCAAGAGAGGCGAUGGCAGAUGUCAAAAAUAUUGUAAUUAUAUGGAACUACAACUAGGCUAUUGCUCUAAAAAGAAAGAUGCGUGCUGUUUACCUCAAAACUGAGGUUGUUGUCAUAAAAGCCAAAGCUUUGUCCACUCCCUGUUCUCCUGGGCCAUUAAUCCAGAUGCGGGUGUUUUGGAGAAGGAGCUGAGCAGAGAGGAGGUGAGGCUUGGUCAUCUGCGCCUGACAGUCUAAACAUCCUACUGCAGCAAAAGAAAAGUCAAAAACUGCUAUACGUGAUCUUUCGGUGUGAUCUUAGAGAAAGUGACUUAGCUUGAGAUGUACAAUACCUUGCAAAUCACACAAUGUUUACUGGUAGAUAUGGAUGUAAUAAACUUUUA